AUGUUAUUUUUGCAUGGUUUUCCAUCUUCUUUCCAUAGUUGGCGCCAUCAAAUAGACUAUUUUUCACGACAAGGUUAUGAUUGUCUAGCACCAAAUAUGAUGGGCUAUGGGAGAACCUAUUCACCAUUGAACGUGAGUGAAUACAAGAGCAAGGCAAUGGUUGAUCACCUGAUUACUCUUCUGAAUUACUUACAAAUAAACAAAGUCAUUGUCGUGGGUCAUGAUUGGGGUACUCGAACAGCCGGUCGAUUCCUCUUGCAUCGUCCUGAACGAACUGUAGGUGUAGUACUCAUUAGUGGUAGUUACAAUGCACCGGCACUCUUUGAUCUCGAUCGAGCACUUGAAGCUUCGACGAAAGCGUUUGGAUAUGAAAUCUAUGGUCAUUGGAAGUUUUUUGAAGCUAACGAUGCUGCAAAACUGAUUGAGAACAAUAUAGAAGGCUUCAUGGAUCUUGUCUUUGCCAGUGAUCCAACUCUCUGGAAGACAAAUUUUGCUCCUGUUGGAAAAGUACGAGAAUGGGUGGUAAAUAAGAAUAAAACAACUAGAGGUGCAUAUAUGACAGCUAAUGAUUAUGAGAUCCUUCGACAAUAUCAUGCUGAAGGAAUGCAACCAAAAUUGAAUUGGUUUAAAAUGAUGAUUGCGAAUAAUGAUUGGGAAGAUGAGAAAAAUCGUAAUCCUGUACUCCAACGACCAGUGCUGUAUCUCGGAGGAAAGAAGGAUUAUGUUAGCGUGAUUUCUGCCUAUGGAGGACCAAGUCAAUAUAUUGCCGAUUUGCAAACAUGUCCACUCGAUACAGGUCAUUGGGUGAUGGAGGAAGAUCCACAAGGAGUUAACGGCAUUAUCGAAAGAUGGAUCAAAAGAAUUCAAUAA